AUGGGGCCGCUUCCUGUACACUCAGAUGAUGAAGCAAAGGAGAAGCAGUUGAGCAUCUAUUUAUACAUUGCAGGUAUUCUAGGGAGGUAUGGGACUACUUUUCAAGCUGUUGUUGGCAUUGCGAACGGCCAGUUUGCUCCUAAUGUGCGCUCAACAUACCAUUUCUACAAUCCAGCCCAAAACGGGUGGGACUUGAACCGAGUUAGUGCUUACUGCUCCACUUGGGGCGCCAAUAAGCCUCUCGCAUGGCGUCAAAAGUAUCCUUGGACUGCCUUUUGUGGUCCAGUUGGACCUCGUGGUCAACAAUCAUGUGGCAAGUGCUUGAGGGUAACAAAUAGGGCUACAGGUGCUGCAAUAACUGUGAGGAUUGUUGACCAAUGCAGCAACGGAGGAUUAGAUUUGGACUUUGACGGCGCUUUCAAGCCGAUUGACACCAACGGACAAGGCUACAACGCUGGCCACAUGUUCGUAGACUACCAAUUUGUCAAUUGUGGCGACUGAUUUUAUGACCCAACGAUGGACUAAUGCAUGCUGCCCAAAACGGAUAUUUACCUGUACUUCCAAAAUAUUUCUGUUAUGAAGCUCAAUAAGUAAGCAAUACUAUUACAGAUACGAAGUUGUAAAGGAUAAAUAACGGAACAGAGAUAUGAUGAAUAAAUUGAAGUACUUUAUUAAAUUGUGUACUAGAAAA